CCCUCCGAGGGACUCUAAGGGAUCCACUUUUAUUUUUCUUUCUCCUGUCAACAAGAAGGAUUUUGUCAAUCAUCUGCUUAUAAUAUUUAUCUUUUCCAUUUCAGACAUAUAUCGGAAACGUGGUAGUUUCUGUGAAUCCAUACAAAAAGCUGGCCCUUUACACGACAGAAGUAAUCCACGCUUACCAAAGGUGCUGCAUGUUCGAGCUCCCUCCACACAUUUACGCCGCUGCCGACGCUAGCUUCAGGUCGAUGAAGGACCGAAACAUUGACCAGAGUGUGAUCAUCACCGGAGAAAGUGGAGCUGGCAAAACAGAAGCAUGUAAAUGCGUGAUGCAGUACUUAGCUAUGGUAUCUGGUUACACGAGUGACAUGGAUUGCAUCAAGGAACAGCUGCUACAAUCAAAUUUUGUAUUAGAAGCUUUUGGGAACGCAAAGACACAUAGGAACGACAACUCUUCAAGAUUUGGAAAGUAUAUGGAAAUCGAAUUUGAUUUUAAGGGAUGCCCUGUUGGGGGAUCCAUCACAAAUUACCUCUUGGAAAAGGCAAGUAUAAAUUUUAAUAUUUAA